AUGAUAACGAAACGGACUCUCUUAUCAUCACUGAACAGCAUCUUCGACCCUCUUGGAUUUUUGGCUCCGGUUCUAGUGAAAGUCAAGGUGUUUCUUCAACUACUGUGGCAAAUGAAAAUUAAUUGGGACUCUCCUCUACCUGCCGAUAUAAGGACAAGAUGGCAUCGGUUCUGGGCAGAUCUUGCAGCACUGCAAACAUUAGAGAUCCCAAGGAAGUCAAAGGAAGCAUCAAACCAAGAAUUUGAGAUUCACGGGUUUUCUGACGCAUCUCAGGAUGCGUAUGGCGCUUGCAUUUAUGUUAGAAGCAAGGAUCACAAUGGUAGAUGGCAUAUAAAAUUGAUAUGCGCUAAAACACGUGUAGAACCUCUCACUGGGGCAUUAAUUCCACGCUUAGAGCUUAGUGGUACAUUGGUUUUGGCCCAAUUAGCCUUAAAGAUUGCUAAAUCCUGGGAAAUUGAUGUCUCUCAAUUUUGGCUAUGGACAGAUUCAACAAUAGUUCUUGGAUGGAUCAACAGUCACCCUAACCGUCUCAAGACGUACGUGUCGAAUAGGAUAUGCCAAAUUUUGGAGAUAACAAAUAGUCAACAGUGGCACUAUAUCAGCACUAACGAGAAUCCAGCUGAUGUUCUAUCCAGAGGAAUAAGACCUCAAGACUUGAAGGAAACAUUAUUAUGGUGGCAAGGGCCACUGUGGCUGAGAGAAGAUGACAAGGGUUGGAGAGAAGACUCAAAUAUGUGGCCAAAUCCAGUAGAUCUCCCAGAACAAAGGCUGAUAAAGUUAGCUUUAAUAUCGAUAGAACCAACAAAGGAUCUAGUUAACCGUUACUCUGAAUGGUAUAAGCUUCGUCGAGCAGUAGCUUGGAUGCAUACGUUUGUUGAUUAUCUUAGAAAAAAACGUGAAAAACCAGACAAAUGUUACCUUACUGCGCAAGAGUUAGAAGAAGCUGAUCAUACACUACUAAAAAGAGCACAGAUAGACUCUUUUAAUAGUGAAGUGGUAGCAAUGACAUCCGGAAAGGAGAUAUCUUGCCGGAGCAAGCUAAAAUCAUUACAACCAAAAUUAAAGAAUGGGUUAAUGGUAGUUGGUGGACGCUUAAAAAACGCUGACAUCUCACAGUCACAAAAGGAGCCAAUUAUUCUCGCAGGUGAUCAUAAAAUCACGAAGAUGAUUUUCGUCUAUAUACAUUCCGAAUUAUUGCACUGCGGGUCUCAAUCGUUACUUGCAGAGGUAAGGCGACGUUAUUGGCCUAUUAAAAGAAGGGUAAUAGCUCGCUCAAUCUUUCGUCGGUGUAUUAAAUGUAUCAAGGCUAAACCUACAUUCGAUACUCCAAGUAUGGGUCACCUGCCAAGACGACGUGUUCAGUCUACACGUCCUUUCACAAACACAGGUGUAGAUUUCGUAGGACCAGUCUCCAUUCGCAGUGGAAUAAGAGGAAGACCUAGUAAAAAGGCUUGGAUUGCGAUUUUGCGAAGGCUAUUCACAUAG